CGCCGCGAGGAGGCCGCCGAGGCCGCGAUCCGGGGGGAGGAGGAGGAGGAGGAGGAGGAGGAGGGGAGUGCGGCAGCGAGGCGAGCCGCUACCGCCGCCACCGGGAAGAAAGCGAGGCCCGCCGAGAGCGAAGGAGGAAGGACCCGCCGCCGCCGCCAUGUUGGAGGCCUAGCCGGCCCGGCGCCUCGCCUGACAGGACCCGCCGCGAGGGCCAUGGCCGGGCGAGGCGGCCUCUGAGGAGAGGAGAGCAGAGGAGGCCCGCCGCCCGCCCGCCCGCCGCCCGCCAGCCAUGUCCUGCGUGCACUACAAGUUCUCGUCGAAGCUCAACUAUGACACGGUCACCUUCGACGGCCUGCACAUCUCGCUCUGCGACCUCAAGCGCCAGAUCAUGGGCCGCGAGAAGCUCAAGGCGGCCGACUGCGACCUCCAGAUCACCAACGCCCAGACCAAAGAAGAAUAUACUGAUGAUAAUGCCCUGAUUCCCAAGAACUCAUCUGUUAUUGUCAGAAGAAUCCCUAUUGGAGGAGUAAAAUGUACAAGCAAAACAUAUGUCAUAACUCAUAAGUUACACAGAAUCGUAGACACUCCUCUCAGAAGUCGAACUGAUCCAGUGAGUGGACCUUCAAAAGCAAUUGAUGACUCUUCUGCAUCUAUUUCUCUGGCCCAGCUUACAAAGACCGCCAAUCUGGCUGAAGCCAAUGCUUCUGAAGAAGAUAAAAUUAAAGCUAUGAUGUCACAGUCUGGCCACGAAUAUGAUCCAAUCAAUUACAUGAAGAAACCCUUGGGUCCGCCACCGCCAUCAUACACUUGCUUUCGUUGUGGAAAACCUGGUCAUUAUAUAAAGAUCUGCCCAACCAAUGGGGACAAGAACUUUGAGUCUGUUCCCAGGAUUAAGAAGAGUACUGGAAUUCCACGAAGUUUCAUGAUGGAAGUGCAGGACCCUAAUACUAAGGGUGCCAUGCUUACCAACACAGGGAAAUACGCUAUUCCAACUAUUGAUGCCGAGGCUUAUGCUAUCGGGAAGAAAGAGAAGCCCCCUUUCUUGCCAGAGGAGCCAUCAUCUUCCUCAGAGGAAGAUGAUCCUAUUCCAGAUGAAUUGUUGUGUCUGAUCUGCAAGGAUAUCAUGACUGAUGCUGUAGUGAUUCCCUGUUGUGGAAACAGCUACUGUGAUGAAUGUAUCCGAACAUCCUUGCUGGAAUCAGAGGAACAUACCUGUCCAACUUGUCAUCAGACAGAUGUUUCUCCUGAUGCUUUAAUUGCCAACAAAUUUUUACGUCAGGCUGUAAAUAAUUUCAAAAAUGAAACAGGCUACACAAAAAGGCUCCGCAAGCAGGCCCCACCACCAAGACCUGCAGUUCAGCGGAACGUGCCUUCUAUGCCGAGGCCAGCGGGCUCUAGGCAACAGGAUCCCCUCAUCCUUCCAGUCACUUCUGCUGCUGUUCGUGCCACUGCAUCUCCCCCCUUGUCUUUGACUCCUGGCCAGGCACCCCCCACAACAGGCACAUUGGCCGUGAGCCAGCCUGCCACCACCUCAGUCAGUGAUGUGCCUGCAGCACUGUCCAUGGCAAUUCACACUGACAAGCCUGAAGGGCCUUUCCGGGAGGGUGAUGGUAUUGGAUCAACUGCUGCUGCUGUGUCAGCCUCAGAUCACCCCAAGCCACCUGCCUCUCUAUCGGCUAACACUGUGCUGGAAGGGAAGGGCUAUCAGGUUCCUGUGCUUGGACAGCCAGCCUUGCCUGGGCAGCUGAGUUCUCAUGGGCAUUCAAUACCCACUAUGGGCCAGCCAAUGAGAACAAAUCCUGUCCGCUCCGCAACCAGUAGGUCAGGCUGGGAGCCAAGUUCAAACCGAGGACGCCCGCAUAGUGACCGUACACAAAGGACUCAGGCCCCAACACUGCCAGCCUCAACACCAGUCUUUGUGCCCGUGCCUCCACCUCCCCUGUAUCCUCCUCCUCCCCAUGCACUUCCUCUUCCACCGGGGGUACCUCCACCACAGUUUCCUCCUCAGUUUCCACCUGGUCAGCCUCCACCAGCUGGGUACACUGUCCCCCCUCCGGGAUACCCCCCGGCUCCAGCAAACAUAUCAACACCAUGGGUACCAACACCAGUGCCAACGGCUCACUCAAAUGCCAUCCCAACGACACAAGCACCUCCUUUAUCUAGGGAGGAGUUUUACAGAGAGCAACGGAGACUUAAAGAGGAGGAAAAGAAAAAGUCAAAGCUUGAUGAGUUUACAAAUGAUUUUGCUAAAGAACUGAUGGAAUAUAAAAAAAUUCAGAAGGAACGCAGGCGUUCUUAUUCCCGGUCCAAAUCACCAUAUAGCGCAUCUUCCUAUUCAAGAAGUUCUUACACAUACUCAAAGUCAAGAUCUGGCUCAUCCCGCUCUCGAUCUUACUCCCGGUCAUUCAGCCGCUCCCACUCCCGCUCCUACUCACGGUCGCCCCCAUACGCCCGGAGGGGCAGAGGCAAGAGCCGCAACUACCGCUCCAGGUCCAGAUCACAUGGAUAUCAUCGGUCAAGGUCUAGGUCGCCCCCCUACAGAAGGUAUCACUCUCGGUCAAGGUCUCCAGCAUACAGAGGCCAGUCCCCAAAUAAGCGCCCUGUUCCUCAGGCAGAAGGGGAACGGGAGUAUUUUGGUCGAUACCGAGAAAUCCCAGUUUAUGACAUGAAAGCAUAUUAUGGGAGAUCUGUGGACAUGAGAGACCCCUUCGAGAAAGAGAGGUACCGUGACUGGGGAGAGACCUACAGAGAAUGGUAUGAAAAAUACGUUAAGGGCUUUCCAGCAGGAGCCCAACCCAGGCCUUUGCUUAACAGAGAGAACUUCUCCCCCGAACGAUUUGGCCCUCCUGGACUAAGGAGAGAGAACUCCCCGUACAUCCGGGGUCGCAGAGAUGAUUAUCCUGGAGGACUGGGGCAUCGAAACCGAAAUCUAGGGGGUGGCUACUCUGAAAAGCUGCCAGGGAGAGAGGGCCACAGUCUGAAAGACAUAACAAAACUGAAGGACAAGGAAGUUGACAAUCCUCCUGGGGAUGCAAAAGGGAAUAGACAUAAAAAACACCGGAAGAGAAGGAAGGGAGAAGAAGGUGAAGGCUUUCAUAGCACUGACUUGUUGGAAGGCUCACGAAAGCCUGCUGCUGGCGAAGAGGGCAGGCCUGACCCCCUCUUUGUGCCCCCGAGCAGGGAUGAUGCCACUCCUGUCCGGGACGAGCCAAUGGAAGCUGAUUCGGUUGCCUUUAAGCCCAUCUCCGACAAGGAGAGGAAAGAGAAGCCGAAGGGAAGGGCUGAAAAGACAAAGCAAAAAACAGCAGAAGGUGCUGCUACCACCAAGAAAGAGGUGCAGGUCAAACCAGCUAAAGUAGCAUCGCAGGAGAAGGCAGAAGCAGAUCGUGAAAAAUCCCCACGGACUGACCCUCCUGCCAAAAAAGUGAAGGAAGAACUGCCAAAGACUGAUGGCCCCAAAGCAUCCUCUCAGAAGGAGGAGAAGCCUCCCAGUGUCCCCCGCAAAGCCCAUCCCCGCGGUGCAAAGGAGCAUCCGGAGGCCAGGGCUGCCAAGGAGGAGAAGGCCAAGAAGGAGCAUCCCAAGGAGAUCAAACAGGAGAAGCCGCCCAGCAAGGAGGAAAAAUCCAAGAAACCCACUGACAAAACCAAGCCGGCAGAUGCCAAACCUGAAAAACGGAAGAGAAAAGUGGAGGACAAGGUCGAUAAGGAGCCUGAAGCCCCGUUGCUAAAAGCGUCCAAGCAGGAAGUCGCGGAAUCAAAACCGUUGCCAAAGGGGAAAAACGAGCCAGAGGCAGAGAAAGCAGAGAGGACCCCUGAGAAGGACAAAGCUGUUGUGCCAGUUGUUCCCGCAAAGAAGAUUAAGCUGAACCGAGAGACCGGCAAGAAGAUCGCAAGUGCCGACAACGUCCCUCCCGUGAAAGACGCACCGGCCGAGAAGCCCGAGCCGGCGGGAAGCAAAGGGAAGCAGGAGAAAGCCAAGGGGAAGCUGCGGAGGAAGGUGGCGGCUGCCGACGGCCCCGGCUCCACGCUGGUCGACUACACCAGUACAAGCUCUGCUGGAGGCAGUCCAGUGAGAAAGCCAGAAGAUAAGCUAGAUACGAAGCGCACCGUCAUCAAGACUAUGGAAGAGUACAACAACGACAUUACUGCCCCCGCUGAAGAUGUCAUCAUCAUGAUCCAGGUUCCCCAGUCAAAGUGGGAUAAGGAUGACUUUGACUCUGAGGAAGAAGAAGAGAACGUGAAAUCUGCGCAAGUUCCUUCUGCCAUUGGGAAGCCAACUAGCGUCAUAAAGAGUGUCAGUGCAAAGCUGCCCAAUCCCAUCAAACACAGUGAGAAGGAUCCUGAGCCAGCGGAGAGAAAUCCAAGAGGCGCAAAAGAACCUGGCCGUGAAACUUUGCAGCCUGACCCCAAAACCUCCAAAACUGUGACACCGAAUGAGAAGGGGAAGGCCAAGGACAGGGAUCACGCUGCAUCCGACAGAGACCCUUCUGAGAAAAGGAAGGGCGGGGCUCAGCCAGAGAAAGAGCGUUCAGAACGUGCGGCGGAGCAAGGCAACGCCAAGGGUGGGUCUUCCCACUCCUCCAGGGAUAGCAGAUCUUCAGACAAACAUGACUCGGCCCACGGAUCCUGCGCAAAGGACUUUACUCCUAACCGAGACAAAAAGCCAGACGGUGACAACAGCAGAGACUAUUCCAGUUCCAAGCGGAGAGACGAAAGGGGUGGGUUUGCACGAAAGAAAGCGUCCCCUUCUCGCGCCCGGGAAGCAGCCGCCUCCGCCUCGAAGGGCAAGGCCAGGGACGAGCGAGCUGAGCAGCCCAGGAGAGAGGGCUGGGACUCCAAGCGGAGCAGCUAUAGCCCCCCGAGGGACCGGAGGCAGAGCGACCAGAAGGGCGCCCACGAUUCCAGGCGUUCGGCAGAGCAGCCGAGGUCCCAGGAGAGGGGCUCGGGCAAGGAGAGGGAGAAGCGCCCGUCCUCCGAGGCCUGGGGCAGCAAAGAGAGGGCGGCAUGUGGAAACAGGUCUGCGUUCAGGCGGGGCUCUCCGGAAGCCAGGGAGCCAGGGGCUCCGCAGAACGACAGGAGCGCCCUCAAGCCGAAGCCUCCACCCUGCCACGCCGCCCGGCUCUCUUCCGACCCGACAAGAGAAACAGACGAGGCGGCUUUUGUCCCGGACUACAACGAAAGCGACAGCGACAGCGAUGGUUCGGCCAAACAGGACGGCUCCCCGGGGAAAAAGCCCAGGGACGGGAAGGACAGGCCGAAAGAGGCUGCGGCCGCCGUGCCGGCCCCCCAGCCCGGUCGGAGCCGCAGCCCCAGCAGCCCCAGCCCCAGCCCCUCGGAGAGCCAGGGCCGGAGCCGCAGCAGCAGUGCCAGCUCCGCAGACAGCCAGGACAGCAAGAAGAAGAGGAGGAGGAAGGACAAGAAGAAGCACAAAAAGCACAAGAAGCACAAGAAACACAAGAAGCACCCCGGCACCGAGUCAGAGGCCGAGAAGAGCCAAAAACACAAACACAAGAAGAAGAAGUCGAAGAAGAGCAAGGAGAAGGAGAAGGAGAACCCCAAAGCCAAGCCGGCCCCGGUCUAGGGGCCAGGCGGACUCGGUCGCCGGGUGACACUUGUCCCGAUGUAAAGACGCAAGAGCCGUGUAAAUAAUGCUGCGACGGGCCCAGUGCUGCACUUACGAAUUGCUGCUUGAUUUGAUUUUUACAUCAGAGCUUUAUAAAGUGAACAUUUUGUACAGACUUGUGAGUUGUGACCAUGUAAUAUGGGAGGAGGAGGGGGGGCAAGUUUUCUUUUUAUUUGGGGGGCAUUUUAUUUCUAUCCACCGUUACGUUAGUUUGGGUGGAGUUUACUGUACUGUGAAAAAUUUCACACUUUUUUUUAACUGCCUGUCAGGAUAAGUAAAAGGGCUGGUAUCAGUUCAAAAUAUCAGUUGGAGGACUCGCAGGAUUCAUUACAGCCCUGUUCUGUUACUUUUGGAUGAUAAAUAAAAAAAUUCAUUGAAUCUUAA